UUUUGGUUCGUCGUGCGUUUGGUGUUCACGUUACUCAUUUUCUUCAUUUAAUUCCCUGCCCAUAAAAUGAAGCGGUAGUUGUGCAGGAGAAAAUAAGAACUGCAAUCUUUAGUUUAUCAUUUGGCAUUAUUUAAACGACCUACGAACGGGAAAUCAGCGGUAAAGUUGCAAGAAAAAACUAAGGGUGCAGUUAUAACAUAUCACAAGCCAUCUCUCUCGCUUAAGGAUGACGCAGCAAGGCCAGGCAAUGUUCGCGCGAAUCACCUUCUAUCCCUCGUUGUUCUACAAUGUGGUGAUGGAAAAAAUAACGGCAAGAAACUGGUACGACCGUAUAGAUGAAAACGUGAUCCUUGGCGCUUUGCCGUUCCGUUCGAUGGCGCAGGAAAUGGUGCAAAAGGAAAACAUCAAGGCGGUGGUAUCGAUGAACGAAGACUACGAACUAUGGGCAUUUUCCAACAAUAAGGCCCGAUGGGCGACCUUAGGGGUCGAAUUCCUGCAGCUGGCCACGACCGAUAUCUUCGAAUCACCCUGCCAGGAAAAGCUAUGGCAAGGGGUUAAUUUUAUGAAUAGAUUUCUACCUCCAACCGACAAAAUAGCGCAGCUCUCAGCAACGAGCGGUCCUUCUGGUCAGCAUGGCACGGUGUAUGUUCACUGCAAGGCUGGCAGAACGAGAAGUGCUACUCUCGUGGGAUGCUACUUGAUAAUGAAAAACGGUUGGAGUCCAGAGCAAGCAGUGGAACAUAUGCGCCAAUGCCGUCCACACGUGCUAUUGCGAAGCAAACAAUGGGAAGCACUUAGGAUAUUCCAUACAACGAAAUGUUCUUCCUCCUAGACCGCGUGUU